UCCCUCCAGAAUCCCAGAUCUAACUUCCCCUUUUUUGUUUCCAUGGAGGACGAUCAAAAGCAAUCCAUUCCUAAAUCAAGGCCCGAAGAAGAGAAUAGGCAACAUUUUUUGGAUUAUGAAUUCGUACGUCCUAAAACCUCUUCGAUUCUAACUCAUGAAAAGGUCCAUUUCUUCUACAAGCUUCACUCGUAUCUUCUGAAUGAAAAUGUGAACGUAGAGAACGGGUUUCAUUUUAAUGAAGCUCAGCUGGAGAAUUUCAUAUCUAAAUUUUGGGGUACAGAGGUGAAGAAAAGGCCAUAGUGGAUGAACUUCAGUACUUUCGAUGCUUUCACAGCAACACUAGUACACUACAAACAUAUAAUUUUGAGUAUGAUGACAGAACUGGUCAUCUCAGCUGGAGACACAACUUGUUCACCAGAGAUGACCCUACUUUCCAGAUGAUUGUACACAGUAAGAAGGGAGUGAUGAAAUGCCCCUUCCAAAAGCGGUUUCACCUCCAGCUGAUGAUGUUAUUAAAGCUGUACAUCUUCUCGAAAAAACUAUUCAGACUAUUCAAUUAGGGGUGACAAGUAUUACGCAAGAGCUUUCUCAGCAAGAAAAGGAAUUGAGUAGCGCAAAAGAACAGUUAACGCAACUAAAGAAGCUCAUUACAGGACAGAAGGUGGUUCCACAUUUGGAUAGAUCGAAAAAGCCGACUAAAAACAGAGCAUUUCAAGUUAGUGCUGAUGCUGGUUUGGUUAUUUUGGGAAAAACUUGUUAUAUGAAUUCUACAUUGCAAUGCUUGAAUGCUGUACCUGAAUUGAAAUUAGAGCUGAAUAAGUAUCAUGGUCGCAAGAUGCCAAAUAACUCUUCCCAUCUUCUCACUGUGGCAACUCUCGAUCUAUUUGCUGAGUUAUAUCGCACAAAAGAACCUGUCCACCCGAGGAAGUUUUGGAAGGAAUUUCGAAAUAAGUAUCCAGAAUAUGACAAGAAGCAGAAUGGUUCCUUCAUGGAACAGGAUGCUGUUGAAUUUUGGAUGAAAAUCAUGGAAACUCUUUCAGAUUCUCUUGGAAACCCAAAUAACAGUGAACAUCCUGAAGCUCUGAAGAGACUCUUUGGAAUUGUUUUAUUGAGCAGCUUGCAUCAUGAAUCUGGGGAGAAAAACUCAGAUAGAGAGUUUUCGUACAUGCUUGACUGCGAUAUCUCGCCUAAAGUGAAACAUCUGCUCGGGGGAUUAAAGCAUGGUCUGAAACAUCUAAAAGACUCAGUCAUUGAUGAAUUACCAAGAAAGUGGAAUACCCACUGGAGUUGGAUGUUUAUGAUCUGUGCUCACCCGAACUUCGAAAAAAACUGGAAGCUCGGCGCAAGCUUUUUGAUGAAGGAAAGAAAAAUGGUUCAAGAAUUUUGGACAAAAACCUCAAAGAGACUGAAGUCAGGGUGCUCGACUCAGAGGUAUUGAGUCAUAUCCUUGAGCAGUUAAAUAUAGCAUGCCGUGAUCCCAAAAUUCGUUUUGCAAGCAUACAGAGCGCAGUAACAAGGGUCAUAUUUUUGCAAGUAGCUGAACGGGGUAUCACGAA